ACUCUUACAAAUGCCUGAAGGCAUGCUAGUUCAUCUUAAGUUUCACUUACACUUCUAAGAUGGUGCGGAUUUCUCGAUUCAGCCCUGCAGACCCCAGUGUAGAAAUUGCCCUCCAAGAAUCUGAUGAUCUCCGAGGGGACCCUGUACUGGGCCAUCAGAGCGCUGCUGUCUCCCAGGAUGCUCGCAGUUCGAUGGUAGACGCAGGUGGGGCUGAGAGCAUCCCCCAGCACCCCCAGGAGCUUCCUCAGAUGAUGGCUGCAGCAGCCGAUGGUUUGGGAAGUAUAGCGAUAGACACAACCCAGCUCAACAUGUCCGUGACAGAUCCCACAGCCUGGGCCACAGCCAUGAAUAAUUUGGGCAUGGUUCCCGUGGGGUUGCCUGGGCAGCAACUCGUGUCCGACUCAAUCUGUGUCCCAGGCUUUGAUCCAAGCCUCAACAUGAUGACUGGAAUCACCCCCAUUAACCCAAUGAUACCAGGCCUAGGGCUGGUACCUCCCCCACCGCCAACAGAAGUGGCUGUUGUCAAAGAAAUAAUCCACUGCAAAAGUUGUACUCUUUUUCCUCAAAAUCCAAAUCUUCCACCUCCUUCCACAAGAGAACGACCUCCUGGGUGUAAGACUGUGUUUGUCGGAGGAUUACCAGAAAAUGCUACUGAGGAAAUUAUUCAAGAAGUCUUUGAGCAGUGUGGUGAUAUUACAGCGAUUCGGAAAAGCAAGAAGAAUUUCUGUCACAUUCGCUUUGCUGAGGAAUUCAUGGUUGAUAAAGCCAUUUACCUUUCUGGUUACAGGAUGCGAUUAGGGUCCAGCACGGACAAAAAGGAUUCGGGCCGCCUUCACGUGGACUUUGCCCAGGCCAGGGACGACUUCUACGAGUGGGAAUGCAAGCAGAGGAUGCGCGCCCGCGAGGAGCGGCACCGGCGCAAGCUGGAGGAGGACCGGCUGCGGCCCCCGUCCCCGCCGGCCAUCAUGCACUACUCGGAGCACGAAGCCGCCCUGCUGGCCGAAAAGCUGAAAGAUGAUAGCAAGUUUUCAGAGGCUAUCACAGUGCUACUCUCCUGGAUUGAACGAGGGGAAGUGAAUCGGCGUUCUGCAAACCAGUUCUAUUCUAUGGUGCAGUCGGCCAACAGCCACGUCCGCCGGCUGAUGAAUGAAAAGGCCACCCAUGAGCAAGAGAUGGAGGAAGCCAAGGAGAAUUUUAAAAAUGCCUUAACCGGGAUCCUCACUCAAUUUGAGCAGAUUGUGGCCGUUUUCAACGCUUCCACCAGACAAAAAGCUUGGGACCAUUUCUCGAAAGCCCAGCGCAAGAACAUAGACAUUUGGCGAAAGCAUUCUGAGGAGCUCCGGAAUGCUCAAAGUGAGCAGCUCAUGGGCAUCCGCCGCGAGGAAGAAAUGGAAAUGUCUGACGAUGAGAAUUGUGACAGCCCUACUAAGAAAAUGAGAGUCGAUGAAUCAGCCCUGGCGGCUCAGGCCUACGCUCUGAAAGAGGAGAAUGACAGCCUCCGCUGGCAGCUGGAUGCGUACAGGAAUGAGGUGGAGCUGCUGAAACAAGAAAAAGAACAGCUUUUCCGCACAGAGGAAAACCUCACCAAGGACCAGCAGCUGCAGUUCCUGCAGCAAACCAUGCAAGGCAUGCAGCAGCAAUUGCUAACCAUCCAGGAGGAGUUAAACAACAAAAAGUCAGAAUUGGAACAAGCCAAGGAAGAGCAGUCCCACACACAAGCAUUACUAAAAGUCCUCCAGGAACAAUUAAAAGGUACCAAGGAAUUGGUCGAGACCAAUGGGCACAGCCACGAGGAUGCAAAUGAAAUCAACGUGUUGACUGUUGCGUUGGUCAACCAAGACCGAGAGAACAAUAUUGAGAAAAGAAGCCAAGGCUUAAAAUCAGAGAAAGAAGCUCUGCUAAUAGGCAUCAUAUCAACGUUUCUUCAUGUCCACCCUUUUGGAGCCAACAUAGAAUACCUGUGGUCGUACAUGCAGCAGCUGGACUCCAAGAUAUCUGCAAAUGAAAUCGAGAUGCUUUUGAUGAGGCUGCCACGCAUGUUCAAACAGGAAUUCACGGGUGUGGGAGCAACGCUGGAAAAAAGAUGGAAGUUGUGUGCCUUUGAAGGAAUUAAAACUACCUAACUGUGAAGAGCAACAAAAUCUCUGGAAAUGAAACCACCUGAACGCGGCCAGGGCUGUGCGGCGGUGAGGGCAGGAGGUUCGGGGCUGGUCCAGCGCGACACCUUCGUGGAGCCACCCAAGCCUGACUUUAGUUAUAUCUGUGGUGUUCUCUUGUGAGUGGAAGUGUAAUUGUGUACCAGUUCCUUAAAAUAAACAAAGCUUCAUACUGUGACAGAUCCGUUUCCUAUGAAAACCAAACAAUGAUUCCACAGUCAUAAUGGUGACAAAAAUCUUAAAAUAUGCUACAUUUGAGAAUAGCUCACCAAGCAAAAUAUUUAAAGUUAAUGAUGGUGUAGCAAUGAUUGUUGCUAGGCUACAGAGUUGUAUAUGUAAUGUAUAGCUGAAUCAUUAAAUGACAUGUUCCUGAAAGUCUAUCUUUCUGUUUUAGUAAAAAAAAAAAAAAAAAAAAAAUUUACAGUGAGGAAAAAUCAUACCAAAAGAAAACUUGAAUAUGUGUCUGAACAGUUAUUGUAUUUUGUAAAUUAAGUUAUACGCUGUUCCAGGGACUUUUGCCUUAUUGAAGAGGCAGGAAAUAUGAUUGGACACAUUGAGAAUGCUUUAUCAAGAAUAUUAUUUUUCUAAUGUAACAAUUCUCCAUCAUAAGUUCUUUUAACAUGGACUGCAUAACAAUUUUCAUAAGGUGUAAAUAAAGGGAAAACUAGUGCUACUGUCUUGUACUUGGUAUGUAACAUUCAGGUUUAUGCAUCAAAGUAAACAUUCAGUAAAUAUUCCUGUUACAAAUUUUAUAGCAAAGAUAUUAAUUUUUUUCAAUAAAUAUGACUUCUGCCA